CCGGCCGCGGAGCCCGACGCCUGCGGCUGCGCGUCGCCGCGCGGACCAUGGGGGACGUGAAACUGUUUGCCUCAUCACACGUGUCCAAAACCUCCCACAGCGUGGAUCCCUCGAGGGCCAGCUCCAUGCCCCUCACGGAGGCCCCUGCUUUCAUUCUGCCCCCUCGGAACCUCUGCAUCAGAGAAGGAGCCACCGCUAAGUUUGAAGGGAGGGUCCGGGGCUACCCAGAGCCCCAGGUGACAUGGCACAGAAAUGGGCAAACCAUCACCAAUGGUGGCCGCUUCCUGCUGGACUGUGGAGUGCGGGGGACUUUCAGCCUUGUUAUCCACACUGUUCGCGAGGAGGACAAGGGCAAGUAUACCUGUGAAGCUAGCAAUGGCAGUGGUGCCCGCCAGGUGACCGUGGAGCUGACUGUGGAAGGGAAUUCUGUGAAGAAGCAUGAUCAGCCUGUUCUUUCUAAAGCCUCGGGAUUUCCAGGGGAGACUCGUCCUAGCAUCUGGGGCGAGUGCCCACCAAAGUUUGCCACCAAGCUGGGCAGAGCUGUGGUCAAAGAAGGGCAGAUGGGGCGAUUCUCCUGCAAGAUCACUGGCCGGCCUCCACCAAAGGUCACCUGGCUCAAGGGAAAUGUCCCGUUGCAGCCAAGUGCCCGAGUGUCUAUGUCAGAGAAGAAUGGCAUGCAGAUCCUGGAAAUCCAUGAGGUCACUCGGAAUGACGUGGGCGUGUACACAUGCAUGGUGGUGAAUGGGUCAGGGAAAGCCUCCAUGUCUGCAGAGCUCUCCAUCCCAGGUUUGGACAAUGCCACUAGGGUGUCUGUAAGAGGAACCAAGGCCCCCAGUCCAGACAUCAGGGCGGAAGUGACCAAUGGAAUCUCCAAAGACGCAGAGACUGUGACUGAAAGUAAGAACUGCCCGAGUCCCCAGAGGAGUGGCAGCACAGCCUGGGCCACCAACAGUCACCUCAAGUCCCCACAGGAAUCCAAGCUGAAGCUAUGUGAGGAUUCUCCCAGAAAGGUCCUGCAGUCCUCUGUCCUGCAGAAGACCACCAGCACCAUCACUCUGCAGGCCUCGAAAGUCCAGCCAGAAGCGAGGAUACCAGGCAUAGGGGCUUUCUCUCCUGGGGAAGAGAGGAAAAGCCCAGCUGCCCCUCAGCAAGCCACACUCCCUGCCAGACAGUGUGGCCUGAGAGGCUCAAUUGGGAAUAAGUUUGUCACUGGGAACGUCCCCAUAGAGAGUCAGAGGGUGUCAACAGUCCCCAAAUUUGAGAGUCAGCCCCAAAGCCAAGAAGUCACUGAAGGUCAAACAGUCAAGUUCCUCUGUGAGGUUUCAGGGAUACCAAAGCCUGAAGUGGGCUGGUUCCUGGAAGGCAUCCCUGUGAGGAGACGAGAAGGUAUCGCUGAGAUUUAUGAAGAUGGUGCAUCCCAUCACCUGUGCCUGCUGAGAGCCCGGACGAGGGACAGUGGGAGAUACAGCUGCACAGCAUCCAAUAGCCUUGGCCAGGUGUCCUGCAGCUGGACCCUUCUGGUGGACCGGCCAACCUUGACGCAGACAGCCCCUUCAUUCUCUAGUGUUCUGAAGGACAGUGUUGUCAUCGAGGGCCAGGAUUUCGUGCUACGGUGCUCUAUACGGGGGACCCCAGCACCCCGUGUCACUUGGCUGCUCAAUGGACAGCCCAUCCAGUUUGCUCACUCCAUCUGUGAGGCAGGCGUGGCUGAGCUUCACAUCCAGGAUGCCCUGCCAGAGGACCGUGGCACCUACACCUGCCUGGCUGAGAAUGCCUUGGGGCAGGUCUCCUGCAGCGCCACGGUCACUGUCCAAGAAAAGAAAGGUGAAGGAGAGAGGGAACACCGGCUGUCCCCAGCUCCCAGCAAGCCCAUUGCACCCGUCUUCCUGCAGGGCCUCUCCGACCUCAAAGUCAUGGAUGGAAGCCAGGUCACUAUGACAGUCCAGGUGUCAGGGAACCCACCGCCAGAAGUCAUAUGGCUUCACGAGGGAAAUGAGAUCCAGGAGUCAGAGGACUUCCACUUCGAGCAGAAAGGUGGCUGGCACAGCCUGUGUAUCCAGGAGGUGUUCCCCGAGGACACGGGCACAUAUACCUGUGAGGCCUGGAACAGUGCUGGGGAGGUCCGCACCUGUGCCAUACUCACUGUGCAAGAGCCUCAUGAUGGCACCCAGCCCUGGUUCAUCAGCAAGCCUCGUUCGGUGACAGCCUCCCUGGGCCAGAGUGUCCUCAUCUCCUGCGCCAUAGCUGGAGACCCCUUUCCCACUGUGCACUGGCUCCGGGACGGCAAAGCCCUCUCCAAGGACAGUGGCCACUUUGAGCUGCUCCAGAAUGAGGACGUGUUCACCCUGGUUCUAAAGAACGUGCAGCCCUGGCAUGCAGGCCAGUAUGAGAUCUUGCUCAAGAACCGGGUUGGCGAGUGCAGUUGCCAAGUGUCACUGAUGCUGCACACCAGUCCUUCCAGAGCCCCACCACGGGGGCGGGAGCCUGCCAGCUGUGAGGGCCUCUGUGGUGGAGGAGUUGGUGCUCAUGGUGAUGGUGACCGUGAUGGGACCCUGAGGCCUGGCUGGCCAGCAAGAGGGCAGGGUUGGCCUGAGGAGGAAGACGGAGAAGACGUGAGGGGGCUGUUGAAGAGACGGGUGGAGACCAGGCUGCACACAGAAGAAGCCAUCCGCCAGCAGGAGGUGGGGCAGCUGGACUUUCGUGAGCUCCUGGGAAAGAAGGUGAGCACCAAGACUGUAUCAGAAGACGACCUGAAGGACAUCCCAGCCGAGCAGAUGGAUUUCCGAGCCAACCUUCAGCGGCAAGUGAAGCCAAAGACUGUAUCUGAGGAAGAGAGGAAGGUGCAUAGCCCCCAACAGGUUGACUUUCGGUCUGUACUAGCCAAGAAGGGGACCCCUAAAACCCCCGUUCCUGAAAAGGCACCGCCUCCAAAACCUGCCACCCCAGACUUUCGCUCAGUGCUAGGUGGCAAGAAGAAGUCACCCGCGGAGAAUGGGGGUAACAGUGCUGAGGUCUUGAAUGUCAAGGCUGGGGAAAGCCCCACACCUGCAGGCAAUGCACAGGCAGUCGGGGCCCUGAAACCCAUAGGCAACGCCAAGCCUGCUGAGACCCUGAAACCCCUAGGUAAUGCCAAGCCUACAGAGACCCUGAAGCCUGUGGGCAACGCCAAGCCUGCCGAGACCCUGAAACCCAUAGCCAACGCUCAGCCUUCAGGGUCCCUGAAACCCAUAGCCAACGCACAGCCUACUGAAAGCCAGAAGCCUGUGGCCAAUGCCAAGUCUGCUGAGACCCCGAAACCAGCUGGGAAAGAGGAACUCAAGGAGGUUAAGAAUGAUGUGAACUGUAAGAAAGGGCAUGUCGGAGCCACGGGCAAUGAAAAAAGACCCGAGAGUCAAGGCUCAGCCCCAGUUUUCAAGGAAAAACUACAAGAUGUCCAUGUGUCAGAGGGUGAGAAGCUGCUACUCCAGUGCCAGGUGACCUCUGAUCCCCCAGCCACUGUCACCUGGACACUGAAUGGAAAGACACUCAAGACCACGAAAUUCAUCAUCCUCGCCCAGGAAGGCUCACUCUUCUCAGUCUCCAUCGCGAAGGCGCUGCCCGAGGACCGGGGUUUGUACAAGUGUGUAGCCAAGAACAGUGCUGGCCAAGCAGAGUGUUCCUGCCAAGUCACUGUGGACGAUGCCCGGACCAGUGAGAACACCAAGGCCCCGGAGAUGAAAUCCCGGAGACCCAAGAGCUCUCUUCCCCCUGUGCUAGGAACAGAGAGUGACGCAACUGUGAAAAAGAAACCUGCCCCCAAGACACCUACAAAAGCAGCUAUGCCCCCUCAAAUCAUCCAGUUCCCCGAGGACCAGAAGGUGCGCGCAGGAGAGCCUGUGGAGCUGUUUGGGAAAGUGGCUGGUACCCAGCCCAUCACCUGCACGUGGAUGAAGUUCCGAAAGCAGAUCCAGGAGAGUGAGCACAUCAAGGUGGAGAAUGGCGAAAGCGGCAGUAAGCUCACCAUCCUGGCCGCGCGGCAGGAGCACUGCGGCUGCUACACACUGGUGGUGGAGAACAAGCUGGGCAGCAGGCAGGCCCAAGUCAACCUCACGGUCGUGGAUAAGCCAGACCCCCCGGCUGGCACACCUUGUGCUUCUGACAUUCGGAGUUCCUCACUGACCCUGUCCUGGUAUGGCUCCUCGUAUGACGGAGGCAGUGCUGUACAGUCCUACAAUGUUGAGAUCUGGGACACAGAGGACAAGGUGUGGAAAGAACUAGCCACGUGCCGCAGCACCUCUUUUAAUGUCCAAGACCUGCUGCCUGACCGAGAGUAUAAAUUCCGAGUGCGUGCAGUCAACGUCUAUGGAACCAGCGAGCCAAGCCAGGAGUCUGAGCUCACAGCUGUGGGAGAGAAACCUGAAGAGCCAAAGGAUGAAGUGGAAGUGUCCGAUGAUGACGAAAAGGAGGCUGAGGUUGACUACAGGACGGUGACGGUUAACACUGAACAGAAAGUGUCUGAUGUGUAUGACAUUGAAGAGCGACUAGGAUCUGGGAAGUUUGGACAAGUCUUCCGACUUGUGGAAAAGAAAACUGGAAAAAUCUGGGCAGGGAAAUUUUUCAAGGCCUAUUCCGCCAAGGAGAAAGACAACAUCCGUCAGGAGAUCAGCAUCAUGAACUGCCUCCACCACCCCAAGCUGGUCCAGUGUGUGGAUGCCUUCGAAGAAAAGGCCAACAUUGUCAUGGUUCUGGAGAUCGUGUCAGGGGGUGAGCUGUUCGAGCGCAUCAUUGACGAGGACUUCGAGCUGACAGAGCGGGAGUGCAUCAAGUACAUGAGGCAGAUUUCGGAAGGGGUGGAGUACAUCCACAAGCAGGGCAUCGUGCAUCUGGACCUCAAACCUGAAAACAUCAUGUGUGUCAACAAGACAGGCACCAGGAUCAAGCUCAUAGACUUCGGCCUGGCACGAAGACUCGAGAACGCUGGGUCUCUGAAGGUCCUCUUUGGGACCCCAGAGUUUGUGGCUCCUGAGGUGAUCAACUAUGAACCCAUUGGCUACGCCACAGACAUGUGGAGCAUCGGGGUCAUCUGCUAUAUUCUGGUCAGCGGACUUUCCCCCUUCAUGGGUGACAAUGAUAACGAGACCUUAGCCAAUGUCACUUCAGCCACCUGGGACUUCGAUGAUGAAGCAUUCGAUGAGAUCUCCGAUGAUGCGAAAGAUUUCAUCAGUAACUUGCUGAAGAAAGAUAUGAAAAACCGUCUGGACUGCACCCAGUGCCUUCAGCACCCUUGGCUGAUGAAAGACACCAAGAACAUGGAGGCCAAGAAGCUGUCCAAGGAUCGGAUGAAGAAAUACAUGGCAAGGAGGAAGUGGCAGAAAACAGGCAAUGCUGUGAGAGCCAUCGGGAGACUGUCCUCUAUGGCAAUGAUCUCGGGGCUCAGUGGCAGGAAAUCUUCAACAGGGUCACCGACCAGCCCCAUCAAUGCAGAGAAGCUAGAGUCUGAAGAAGAUGUCUCCCAGGCUUUCCUGGAGGCGGUUGCUGAGGAAAAGCCCCAUGUAAAGCCCUAUUUCUCUAAGACCAUCCGAGAUCUGGAAGUUGUAGAAGGAAGCGCUGCUAGGUUUGACUGCAAGAUUGAAGGAUACCCAGACCCAGAGGUUGUCUGGUUCAAGGAUGACCAGUCAAUCAGGGAGUCCCGCCACUUCCAGAUAGACUACGAUGAAGAAGGGAACUGCUCGCUAAUUAUCAGUGAUGUCUGUGGGGAUGAUGAUGCCAAGUACACCUGCAAGGCUGUCAACAGCCUUGGAGAAGCCACCUGCACCGCGGAGCUCAUCGUGGAGACCAUGGAGGAAGGGGAAGGGGAGGAGGGGGGAGAGGAGGAGGAAGAGGAGGAGUGAAGCCAAGCCAAACAGAAGCAGUUUUUAAGUCAUUUUAAAAGGACUAAUUCCUUAAAGCUCAAAAAACUCAAGCUAGAAAAGCACCUGGUGUGGUAGAUUACCUAGUUAGGCUAUUUGGAGGCUGAUUUGUCAGCAACAGGGGUUGAUAUCUAGGAGUGUUAUUGAUGGGCAUUAAUUUGAAUUAGAUAGCACCUUAAGACACUAGUGCAGCUAGAUUCCAUUUGGGGGAGAUCACCAGCAACUUGUCUAACCAAUUUGAUUUUAGAGAGAAAAUAGCUAAAAGAAAUAUUCACUUGGAAAAUGUCAGACGUUUCCCAGUUCAAUGCACCCUGAAAAAUAAAGUUGUCAUUAGGGGCCCGAGCCUCCUGCUGCAGCUCAACCCAGAUCCCCGGAGAUAGAAUGUCCAGCCCCUUCCCAUCCAACUCAGAGAACCAGCCUCGUCCCCAUCCUGCAGCCUUAUUCUGAAAGCAGUUGAGCCAUUCUGAUUCCGGAGGCGCAUUGCCUUCCAGCUCUACACUUUCAAGCGCUCUGUUUCUCUUCCCCUUCCACCUGCUGGGUUUCCUGCCUCUAAUCCUGGCAUGAGUUACAGCAAUGAGGACAUUAAUUACGUUUCAUCCUGAAACCAGGUUCCCCUGCUCAUAGAUGAUCCUGGCUUCCUUGGGGGGUGGGGAUGGGGGAAUCUUCUUUCUUCUAAAAUCCUUAGUUAACUAAACUUACUCCUCUUUGCAGGCGUCUGGCAGCUUCAGACAUUUGCAUGAGAAUUCAUGAAGGAAAAAAAAUCUAUGCUAAUGUGUUUUCUCCCCCUUAUACCAGGAUUCCUAUUUGUGCUGUUAACAAACUGUCAGCCUGCAUGCGCAGUAGAGGGUCUUGCACCGGAUGUCGAAAGCCAAGUUUGCUGAAAUGCUGGCUUUAAUUAUUUAUUGGGCGCUAUGAAACUGAUGUCAGCUGAUGAGUAACUGUGACUUGGUGUAUGUUGGAAUCUCCUUCUAGACAGUCUGAGUUUAAUCCAUCUUCAUUGUUAACACUCUUCAAAGAGCUUGGCCUGCCUUCCGGGGUCCACCUUAAUUUUUCUUCCUGAAUGUGUAUCACGCUUUGCCCCCCAGCCUUGAGCUAUGUACUCUGAGACCUGCUUGGUACACUCAGAUUCGAAUCUUUAGCCAUUUCUUUUAACUUUCUUUCACUAAAUUGGCACUUAAUUUUUUUUUCUUAUAAAACUUUUUGGAGGUCAUCAACAAAGACCAUAAACUGAUAUCUUAGUAUGUUUCCUCUCUGUGUGUGUGUGUGUGUGCGAGUGUGUGUGCGUGUGUAACAUUCCAAAUACUUUUUUUUUCUUUCCCACUGUUUGUAAAGUGCAGCAAAUUAAUAUUUCAAAGGACGGUUUAAUCGUUCCAUAAAGACCGACUUUAAACUACUUCUGUGCAGUCCUGCACAGAACUGACAUUAGAGAUUUGACAUUGCUUCGUCUUCUCAGCCUCCAUCCCACCUUAGCUGUUGGCUACUGCUAAGUUCCCAGUACUUUCCCUGUUUUGCUUCUUAAGCAGUUUCAAUAUCUUUCAUUUAUAGUCACAAUAUUGCCACGGUUUAUUAUAAUAAAGGGGUUUUAAUUUGAUUUAGAGCAUUCAAAGUGUUUUUCAUCACUUUGUGUUUAUAUUAUAAUCCUUGUGUGUAUGUUGUGUGUAUGUGUGCAUGGGUGGUCAUACGUGUGUUCAUAGGGUAAUGCCUUCUUGGGAUUGUGUUACUGUUCUCUCAGUUUAUUAUGCCAUCCAAAUGGUGAACGAGAACGCUACAACUGUAGUUAACUCACAAUUUUUAAAUAAAGGAUACCACAGUGCAUGGUGUUUGUUCAA